CGCAGUGGAUAACAGAUAGUAUUUAUCUGUCCACAGGGACGUGUGUUCAAAAAAUGCGAAUAAUUAUUGGAAUAAUUUUGGCUCUGAUUACCGUCCAAGCGGCGCUAACAGAUGCCCAACAGCGCUCUGCCAAAGGCGAGAACGCAGAAGAAAAUGAAAACACAAGAACGGCAGGCGAACACCGCCUCUUGAAGAAGCUACCAUCUAGCUACACUUCCACCACAUCAUCGCAGACCAAGGCCUCCAAGAAAUCCAGCUCCAGUACUUCAAGUUCUAGUUCUUCAUCUUCUAUAAAGUCUUCUUCUUCUUCUUCUUCUUCAUCCUCAGAAGAGGAUAAGUUAGAAGAAUGGGUUGAGAAGAGAAGGAAGCAUUAUAAACUGAAGGAAAUUGCUGAAAAUUUAAAUCAAACUGAUGGAUGGCAUUUCGUACGAAGAAUCAUUAACAGCAAGAAAGAAAUUACAACUGAGCACGUCAUUUCGGAACAAAUGAAAGAAAUUCUACAACACAAGAAUAACAAAGAAGCAAGCGCUCUUUUACACCAUUUGACUGGACAUCACGAUGAAUCCAAUGCCAUUAAAUAUAUCCAAUCGGUAACAGGGAUCACACAUGAGCGCAAAAUCUUUGACUUCUUGAAGAAGUCAAAGGGUUCCAGAUCAUGGGCUUUUGUCAUCGACUUUUUAAAGCUCAUGGGUGAUACACCUCACAUUAGCAUCAUGGUGGAUCUCGUGAAACUUAUCACUAAUGAAGACAAUGUACUUCGCGGCUUCGCUAUUCUAAAGCCUCUGUUUGGCCAUGACGACUUCGACAGCGUUCUCGAGACACUACAGAAGAUUUCUGGAGAGAAAGAUCCUCACGGCAUCGCUGACUACUUCAGACAUGUAUCGCAUAACAGCGGAAUUCUCGGUGUCCAGAUUGAGAUUGACAAGCUAACCGGAGGUGUCGGAUCACCCGCGUUCAUAAAGCUCCUGAAGGUUCUUAUUCCUGAAUUAGAUUUGAGAGGAGCCUUCAACGCCCUGAUCUUAUCAACCAGGACAACUGACAUUGGAGAAGCCAUCACAGCCUGCAACCGUAUGCUGAACACCAAAUCAUUCGACGAGAGCGUUCUUUUGCUCAGAACUCUGACGAAACAGACUCAAAUUAAGUACGCCAUCGAAGAGCUGACACAGUCCUUACAUAGAUCAAGUCUGAGAGUCAUCAUUGAGAACUUCUACAAGAUCGGAGGCUGUGACAACAUGCUGACGCUGCAGAGAUUGUUCUUGGAUGUAUUUGGAAGCGACAAUAUUAUCCAAGUGGUCCACAAGAUCAACAAGGUGACUAAGAAACAGGAUGCUCUGUACUUCCUCAACUCUCUCCUGGAUGUGACGCAGACGAGAGACAUUAGGGAGGCUUCCUACGUCAUCCAAGAGCUAACGGAGAAGUCCAUGACAGUCUUGGACAUUUUGGAACAAAUAAGGAUCAAAUCAGGGCAUGAGGAUCUCAUUCAUUUCUUUAAGAGAGUGAUAUCUAUUACUGGAACUAAAUCUAUCAAAGAAGCUUGGCAAGUCCUGAUCUCGGUUUCAAACAUUAGAGAUAUCUUCGUAUUCUUCGACAAGGUUUACGAGUACACUCGGGUCGAGAUCCUGGUCUUCUUUGAGACUAUCUUGAGGGUCACCAAUACUACAAACAUUCGAGUCGCAGUCUCCAUGCUUGUCAAGAUGUGUGAAACUACUGAUUUCUUCGAAUCGAUACAGCUGAUUUACACUAUUACCGAAAUGGAUGUAAUCAAAUUCUUUGAACACAUCAUCACACUCAGCAAGGCUUUCUAUUUGGAAGAAGCCAUUUUAAUUAUUGAAGAAUAUACUUCAACUGAAAGCUUCAUCGACGCUCUCAAGGAUUUAAAGAGAGCAACAGGACAAAUAACGAUGAUCAAAGCAAUCGACCACAUAAAACAGAACAAGCCGAGGAUCGAAAAGCGCGUCACCACCACAACCAACCAGAAACAGACCUCUAAAGACGAGUACCACACUUCCGAACACUCGUACGGCAUGAGACAGAUCCUCAAACGACUCCGGUCUAAAGGACGCUACAUCUACGAGAACGGCAAGAGGAUACGCAGGAGAAACUCCUCAAAAUCUUCAAGCUCAUCAAGCUCUUCAAGUUCCUCGUCAUCAUCCUCUGAAUCCAACUCUGAUGAAUCCAGAGAGGAUGAGUUCAAACGGCCAACAAGCAAGAGACCUAGCCAAACAACUAAAACAACUGCUAGACCGACAUCAGUCAGACCUACUACGGUAAGACCAACAAUCAAACCGUCGACUGCGAAACCACCUACUCAAGGCCCAAGCUCGACGACCAAGAAACCAACAACAACCACUACAACUACUACAACUCAACAAACUACAACCAUUGAGGAGGAAACUACCGAAGAACCCACAACGACAGAGUAUGUUCCUUCUACAUCCACUAAGAAACCAAGAGCGACCACUCAGCAACCAACAACUGAGGGUACAACCUCUACCGAAAAAGCUCCUUCUACAACCACCAAAGAACCAAAAACCACCACACAGCAACCGUCCACGGAGGGCCCUGACUCCACAGAAUGGGAAACACCUUCUUCGACAUCCAAGAAACCAAAAACAACCACUCAACAACCUGCAACCACUGAAGGAGCUAUAACCGACGCGCCUACUACAAAACAGGACGAUUCUACCACCACCACCGCGGCGCAGCCCACCACCACAGAGCAGGUUAAGUCAACAACCGAAGCUGCUUCUACAGCCCCCGCAACUGACAAUGAAGAGGACUCCGAUUCAUUGGAGUCCGCGGAAAGCGACGAAUCAAUCUCAGAGUCUAACUCAGAAGAAGAUGAUGUUACCACCAAACAACCAUCGACUGAGCAGCCUGGCACUUCGGAACAACCUUCAACCACCGAAAAAGUACCGGCCACAACUGAGUAUGUACCAUCAUCAUCAACUAAGAAACCAAGAGCAACCACUCAGCAACCAACAACCACUGAGGAAGCAACCACAGACGGACCUGCAACUACAGAGUCCGUUCCUUCUUCAACAACCAAGAAACCAAAAACAACCACUCAACAACCUGCAACCACUGAAGGAGCUAUAACCGACGCGCCUACUACAAAACAGGACGAUUCUACUACCACCACCGCGGCGCAACCCACCACCACAGAGCAGGUUAAGUCAACAACCGAAGCUGCUUCUACAACACCCGCAACUGACAAUGAAGAGGACUCCGAUUCAUUGGAGUCUGCGGAAAGCGACGAAUCAAUCUCAGAGUCUAACUCAGAAGAAGAUGAUGUUACCACUGAACAACCAUCUGCGCAACCUACAACCACUGAAAAAGUAACAACCUCAGUACCAACUACAACUGAAAAUGUUCCUUCUUCAUCAACAAAGAAACCGAAAACAACCACUCAACAACCAAGCACUGAGGGCCCUGCCACCACUGAAUGGGAAACGCCUUCCUCGACCAAGAAACCCAAAACUACCACUCAGCAACCAACCACUACUGAGGACGUGACCACUGAGGGUUCAACCACCACUGAGUAUGUUUCUUCGUCAACAACCAAGAAACCAAAGACUACCACUCAGCAACCUGCAACCACUGAAGAAGCUACCACUGAGGGUCCUGCCACUACUGAAUGGGAAACGCCUUCUUCGACUAAGAAACCGAAAAUUACCACUCAGCAACCUGCAACCACUGAAGAAGUAACCACUGAGGGGCCAACAACAGCUGAGUAUGUUUCUUCGUCAACAACCAAGAAACCAAAGGCUACCACUCAGCAAGCCAGUACUGACAGUCCCACUACACAGUCAACAACCACUCAACUACCAACAACUACAGAUGCAACUACAACCGCUGCGCAACCAACCACCAUACAGCAGGGUUCCACAACAACUGAAACUGCUUCCACAACCCCCGAAGACGACAAUGAUGACUCAGAUUCAACGGAGUCUUCAGAAAGCGCCGAAUCAAGCUCAGAGUCAAACUCUGAAGAAGAUGAUGAUACCACUGAACAACCAUCUUCGUCUACUGCGCAACCUACAACCACUGAAAAAGUAACAACCUCAGUACCAACUACAACUGAGUAUGUUCCUACUUCAUCAACAAAGAAACCGAAAACAACCACUCAACAACCAUCCACUGACGGCCCUGCCACCACUGAAUGGGAAGCGCCUUCCUCGACCAAGAAACCCAAAACUACCACUCAGCAAGCUACAACUACUGAGGAGGUGACCACUGAGGGUUCAACCACCACUGAGUAUGUUUCUUCAUCAACAACCAAGAAACUAAAAACAACCACUGAGAGUCCUGCCACUACUGAAUGGGAAACACCUUCUUCGACCAAGAAACCGAAAACUACCACUCAGCAACCUGCAACCACUGAAGCAGCUAUAACUGACGCAGCUACGACAAAACAAGACGAUUCUACCACCACCACCGCGGCGCAACCCAGCACCACAGAGCAGGUUAAGUCAACAACCGAAGCUGCUUCUACAACCCCCGCAACUGACAAUGAAGAGGACUCCGAUUCAUUGGAGUCCGCGGAAAGCGACGAAUCAAUCUCAGAGUCUAACUCAGAAGAAGAUAAUGUUACCACCAAACAACCAUCGACUGAGCAGCCUGACACUUCGGAACAACCUUCAACCACCGAAAAAGUACCGGCCACAACUGAGUAUGUACCAUCAUCGUCAACCAAGAAACCAAAGACGACCACUCAGCAACCAUCAACCACAGGAGGACCUACAACACAAGGACCUUCUACAACUGAAUGGGAAACGUCUUCUUCGACAAAAACUCCCGUACAAGAUUCUACAACACCUAAAGAUGAUGAUACUGACUCAUCUGAAUCUGCGGCAUCCUCAGAUAGCUCUGAAUCUGAUUCGGAAGAAGAUGAUGAUACCACUGAACAACCAUCUUCGUCUACUGCUCAACCUACAACCACUGACAAAGUAACGACCUCAGUACCAACUACAACUGAGUAUGUUCCUUCUUCAUCAACAAAGAAACCGAAAACAACCACUCAACAACCAUCCACUGAGGGCCCUGCCACCACUGAAUGGGAAACGCCUUCCUCGACCAAGAAACCCAAAACUACCACUCAGCAACCUGCAACCACUGAAGAAGCUACCACUGAGGGGCCAACAACAACUGAGUAUGUUUCUUCGUCAACAACCAAGAAACCGAAAGCAACCACUCAACAACCAACCACUGAGGGUCCUGCCACCACUGAAUGGGAAACAGCUUCUUCGACCAAGAAACCCAAAACUACCACUCAGCAACCUGCAACUACUGAGGAUGUGACCACUGAGGGUUCAACUACUACUGAGUAUGUUACUUCGUCAACAACCAAGAAACCGAAAGCAACCACUCAACAACCACCAACCACUGAGGGUCCUGCUACCACUGAAUGGGAAACGCCUUCUUCAUCUACCAAGAAAACAGAAACUAUCACUCAACAACCUACAACCACACAAGGUACAACAACGGAGGAUGUUAAAACGAACGAACCCAUAACAGGGCAACCUGGUUCUACUACAACCGCUGCACAACAGACUACUACCGACAAAGUUGAGUCAACAACUAAAUCUGCAUCUACAACUCCUGAAAAUGACGACUCCGACUCAUCAGACGCCUCAGAAAGUUCCGAGUCAAGCUCGGAAUCGAACUCAGAAGAAGAUGAUGCUACCACUGAACAACCAUCUUCUGCUGCGCAACCUACAACCACAGACAAAGUAACCACUGAGGAAUCCACAACUACAGAAGGAGUUCCUUCAUCAUCAACUAAGAAACCAAAAACUACCACUCGGCAACCAUCCACUGAGGGCCCUGCCACCACUGAAUGGGAAAAACCUUCUUCGACCGAGAAACCGAAAACUACCACUCAGCAACCCACAACGACUGAGGAGGUGACCACUGAGGGUUCAACCACUUCUGAGUAUGUUUCUUCGUCAACAACCAAGAAACCGAAAACUACCAAUCAGCAACCAACAAGCACUCAAGUUACAACGGAGGCUGAUGAAACCGACGCACCUACUACAGAGCAAGCUAUUACCACUACCACAGCAGCAACUUCUCCUACCACAGAUCAGGUUGGUUCUAGUACCACCAUUGCGCAACCUAGCACAACAGAACAGGGUACGUCAACAACUGAAUCCACAACUUCUGAAAGUAAGGAAUCUGACUCAUCAGACUCCUCUUUAAGUUCGGAAUCUGACUCGGAAGAAGAUGAUGUUACCACUGAACAACCAUCUUCUGCUGCGCAACCUACAACCACAGACAAAGUAACCACUGAGGAAUCCACAACUACAGAAGGAGUUCCUUCAUCAUCAACUAAGAAACCAAAGACUACCACUCAGCAACCAACAACGACUGAGAAGGUGACCACUGAGGGUUCAACCACUUCUGAGAAUGUUUCUUCAUCAACAACCAAGAAACCAAAGACUACCACUCAACAACCAUCCACAGAGAGUCCUGCCACCACUGAAUGGGAAACACCUUCUUCAACCAAGAAACCGAAAACUACCACUCAGCAACCUGCAACCACUGAAGAAGUAACCACUGAGGGAUCCACAAGUACAGAAGGAGUUCCUUCAUCAUCAACUAAGAAACCAAAAACUACCACUCGGCAACCAUCCUCUGAGGGCCCUGCCACCACUGAAUGGGAAAAACCUUCUUCAACCGAGAAACCGAAAACUACCACUCAGCAACCCACAACGACUGAGGAGGUGACCACUGAGGGUUCAACCACUUCUGAGUAUGUUUCUUCGUCAACAACCAAGAAACCGAAAACUACCACUCAGCAACCUGCAACCAUUCAAGAAGUGACCACUGAGGGAUCUACAACUACAGGAGUUCCUUCAUCAUCAACUAAGAAACCAAAAACAACCACUCAACAACCAACAAGCACUCAAGUUACAACGGAGGCUGAUGAAACCGACGCACCUACUACAGAGCAAGCUAUUACCACUACCACAGCAGCAACUUCUCCUACCACAGAGCAGGUUGGUUCUAGUACCACCAUUGCGCAACCUAGCACAACAGAACAGGGUACGUCAACAACUGAAUCCACAACUUCUGAAAGUAAAGAAUCUGACUCAUCAGACUCCUCUUUAAGUUCGGAAUCUGACUCGGAAGAAGAUGAUGUUACCACUGAACAACCAUCUUCGUCUACUGCGCAACCUACAACCACUGACAAAGUAACAACCUCUGCACCAACUACAACUGAAGACUUGCCUUCUUCAUCAACUAAGAAACCAAAGACUACCACUCAGCAACCAACCACUGAGGGUCCUGCCACCACUGAAUGGGAAACACCUUCUUCGACCAAAAAACCGAAAACAACCACUCAGCAACCUGCAACCACUGAAGAAUUAACCACUGAGGGAUCCACAACUACAGGAGUUCCUUCAUCAUCAACCAAGAAACCAAAAACUACCACUCAACAACCAUCCACUGAGGGCCCUGACACCACUGAAUGGGAAACGCUUUCUUCGACCAAGAAACCGGAAACUACCGCUCCGCAACCCACAACGACUGAGCAGGCUAGUUUUCCUACUACCGCUGCCCAAGCCACUACUACAGAACAGGCUGGUUCUACUACAACAAUAGCGCAACCUAGCACAACAGAACAGGGUACGUCAACAACUGAAUCCACAACUUCUGAAAGUGAAGAAUCUGACUCAUCAGACUCCUCUUUAAGUUCAGAAUCUGACUCGGAAGAAGAUGAUGUUACCACUGAACAACUAUCUUCUUCUACUGCGCAACCUACAACCACUCAAAAAGUAACGACCUCUGCACCAACUACAACUCAAGACGUGCCUUCAUCAUCAACUAAGAAACCAAAGACUACCACUCAGCAACCAUCCACUGACGGCCCUGCCACCACUGAAUGGGAAACGCCUUCCUCGACCAAGAAACCCAAAACUACCACUCAGCAACCUGCAACCACUGAAGAAGCUACCACUGAGGGGCCAACAACAACUGAGUAUGUUUCUUCGUCAACAACCAAGAAACCAAAAACAACCACUCAACAACCAACAAGCACUGCAGAAGUUACAACCAAGGUUGCUGAAACCGACGCACCUACUACAGAGCAAACUACCACAGCUGUGCAACCUUCCAGCACACAGCAAAGUGCGUCAACAACUACAGCUGCUUCCACAACUCCCGAAAUUGAUGACUCUAGUUCAUCAGAGUCCUCAGGAAACUCUGAAUCAAGCUCAGAAUCCAACUCGGAAGAAGAUGAUGUUACCACCAAACAACCAUCCACUUCCACAGGAACAACAGAGAGAGUAGGAACCACACAGCUUCCUACUACUAAUGCCGUAAAGGAGGAAACUACGACCACCACUGCGCAACCCAAAACCACGGAGCAGGGUACGUCAACAACUGAAGCCGCGUCCACAUCUACGUUACAAGGACCAACCACUGGAAAAGAAACUCCAUCAUCCUCGAAAACUACUCAGGAACCCUCAACUUCUGAAGAAGCAAAGACUAAGGCACCUACUACAGAGUCAGUUCCUUCGUCGACAACUGAGAAAGCAACUACAGCUGAUGAGUCUGUAUGGAGUUGUGAGACUGACGAUCCAGGAACCGAUAUCACCGCUUCAACGUCAGCAACACCAUCGACUGAGUAUUCCAUAUGGGAUGACGAUGCUGACGAAACAACAACGGCAGCGUCUACAGCGCAACCUACAACUACUCAAGAACCAACAACAACUGAGGGGCCGACAUGGGAUUGGGAGGAUGAGGAACUCAUAACGACACCCAGGCAACCGAAAACAACUCAAAAGGAACCUACGACAACGAAACAACCAUCAACGACAGAACAAGUGACUUCGACAACGUCACAACCAUCAACGACAGAACAAGUAACUUCAACAACGUCGCAACCAUCAACGACUGAACAAGUGACUUCGACAACGUCACAGCCAUCAACGACGCAGCAAGUAACUUCGACAACGUCACAACCAUCAACGACUGAACAAGUGACUUCGACAACGUCUCAACCAUCAACGACGGAACAAGUGACUUCGACAACGUCUCAACCAUCAACGACUGAGCAAGUGAGUUCAACAACGUCUCAACCAUCAACGACACAACAAGUAACUUCAACAACGUCACAACCAUCAACCACACAUCAGGUUACAACAACAACUCAGCAGCCAACGACUAGUGAACAACUAACUAAGUCUACAACCACUGAAGCUCAGCCAAAAGAAUCUUUUGAAUACAGUUCAGAAGAAGAUGAUUCAGUUACAUGUGUUCCUGAUGAUGAUGAAAAUUUAGAGGACUCUGAAGAAGACUCACCAACAACUCAACAAACAACUGAGGCAUCUGAACAACCUUCAACUACUGAAGAACUUAUUACUGAAACUUGGACCACAGAAAGAACGAGCCAGACACCUUCGAAUCAAUACAAAGAAACCACCACAGCCACACAAACAACCGAAGAAGCAACUUCAUCAACUACGACAUCGCCUACAACCACCGAAGAAGCAACCACUAAACCAGCCACGGAACAGGCUUCGACUACAACCGUUAAACCUCAGAAACCAACAACACUAGAACCUAAAGAUUCCUCUUCAUCAUCAUCAUCUUCAUCAGAAUCCGAUGAAGACGUUGACUCAGAUGAAAGUUCAGAAUCCGACGAAUCACCGGAGUCAAGCGAACCUUCAGAAAAUCCUAAAGAAGACAAGAAAAAACCUAAAAAGGGAUCUCAAGAAGAUAAAGAUGAUAAGAAGGGCAAACGACCGAAGGACAAGAAGAAGCCAAAGAAGGGUUCUGACAAGCCAGAAGAUGAUGACGACGAACCCGGAACACAGAAACGUGACGUUGAAGAUCAGUUGAAAUCUUUGAACUGCGACGCAUCUGACAACGAAUUAUCUGAAUCCGAUAGACUUUUAUGCGCAAGUCAGAAACCUAAAGGACAAGGGCCUAGCGACGACGAGCCUGAGGAUGAGGACGACGAUGAUGAGUAUGAUGAAGAUGAAGAUGAAGAAGACGAAGAAGAUCAGCCUACUGAUGGUGAACCUACGGAUAAACAACCUAAGGACAAACAACCCAAGGACAAAACACCCAAGGACAAAACACCCAAGGACAAAACACCCAAGGACAAAACACCCAAGGACAAACAUCCUAAGAACAAACAUCCAAAGGACAAAAGUCCCAAGGACAAACAUCCCAAGGACAAAACUCCGAUAGAUGAACAACCUAAGGAUGAACAACCUGAGGACAAACAACCUAAGGACGAGCAACCUAUGGAACCAGGACUUAAAGACGAACAACCUAAGGACGUAGUACCAAAGGAUGAACAGCCUAAGGGAAAACAACCUGAGGACAAACAACCCGAGGAUGAGGACGACGAAGUUGAAUAUGACGAAGAUGAGGAUGAAGAAGACGAAGAAGAUCAGCCUACUGAUGGUGAACCUACGGAUAACGAACCUAAGGACAAACAUCCUAAGGACAAAACACCCAAGGGCGAACAUCCCAAGAACAAACAUCCCAAGGACAAACAUCCGAAGGACAAAUAUCCCAAGGACAAAACUCCCAAAGAAGAACAACCUAAGGAACAAGGACCUAAGGAUGAACAACCUAAGGAACAGGGACCUAAGGAUGAACAACCUACGGAGCAAGGACCUAAGGACGAACAACCUAAGGAGCAAGGACCUAAGGAUGAACAACCUAAGGAACAAGGACCUAAGGAUGAACAACCCAAGGAACAGGGACCUAAGGACGAACAACCUAAGGAACAAGGACCUAAGGAUGAACAACCUAAGGACAAACAACCUAAGGAACAGGGACCUAAGGAUGAACAACCAAAGGAGCAAGGACCUAAGGAUGAACAACCUAAGGAACAAGCACCUAAGGACGAACAACCUAAGGAACAAGGACCUAAGGAUGAACAACCUAAAGAACAGGGACCUAAGGAUGAACAACCAAAGGAGCAAGGACCUAAGGAUGAACAACCUAAGAAACAAGGACCUAAGGACGAACAACCUAAGGAGCAAGGACCUAAGGAUGAACAACCUAAGGACAAACAACCUAAGGAACAGGGACCUAAGGAUGAACAACCAAAGGAGCAAGGACCUAAGGAUAAACAAGCUAACGAUGAACAACCUAAGGAAGAACAACCUGAGGAUGAUGACGAUGACGAUGAGUAUGACGAAGAUGAAGAUGAAGUAAACGAAGAUGAGGAAGAUCAGCCUGCUGAUGGUAAACCUACGGAUAACCAACCUAAAGACAAACAUCCUAAGGACAAACAACACAAGGACAAACAUCCUAAGGACAAAUAUCCCAAGGACAAAUAUCCCAAGGACAAAUAUCCCAAAGACAAAACUUUCAAAGAAGAACAACCUAAGGAACAAGGACCUAAAGACGUAGUACCAAAGGAUGAACAACCCAAGGAGCAAGGACCUAAGGAUGAACAACCUAAAGAACAGGGACCUAAGGAUGAACAACCUAAGGAACAAGGACCUAAGGACGAACAACCCAAGGAACAGGGACCUAAGGACGAACAACCCAAGGAACAGGGACCUAAGGACGAACAACCUAAGGAACAAGGACCUAAGGAUGAACAACCCAAGGAACAGGGACCUAAGGACGAACAACCUAAGGAACAAGGACCUAAGGAUGAACAACCCAAGGAACAGGGACCUAAGGACGAACAACCUAAGGAACAAGGACCUAAAGACGAACAACCUAAGGAACAAGGACCUAAGGAUGAACAACCUAAAGAACAGGGACCUAAGGACGAACAACCUAAGGAGCAAGGACCUAAGGGCGAACAACCUAAGGAACAAGGACCUAAGGAUGAACAACCUAAGGAACAGGGACCUAAGGACGAACAACCUAAGGAACAAGGACCUAAGGACGUCGUACCAAAGGAUGAACAACCCAAGGAGCAAGGACCUAAGGAUGAACAACCUAAAGAACAGGGCCCUAAGGACGAACAACCUAAGGAGCAAGGACCUAAGGGCGAACAACCUAAGGAACAAGGACCUAAGGAUGAACAACCUAAGGAACAGGGACCUAAGGACGAACAACCUAAGGAACAAGGACCUAAGGACGUCGUACCAAAGGAUGAACAACCCAAGGAGCAAGGACCUAAGGAUGAACAACCUAAAGAACAGGGACCUAAGGAUGAACAACCUAAGGAGCAAGGACCUAAGGACGUCGUACCAAAGGAUGAACAACCCAAGGAGCAAGGACCUAAGGAUGAACAACCUAAAGAACAGGGACCUAAGGAUGAACAACCUAAAGAACAGGGACCUAAGGACGAACAACCUAAGGAGCAAGGACCUAAGGAUGAACAACCUAAGGAACAAGGACCUAAGGACGAACAACCUAAGGAGCAAGGACCUAAGGACGAACAACCUAAGGAGCAAGGACCUAAGGAUGAACAACCUAAAGAACAGGGACCUAAGGACGAACAACCUAAGGAGCAAGGACCUAAGGAUGAACAACCUAAGGAACAAGGACCUAAGGACGAACAACCUAAGGAGCAAGGACCUCAGGAUGAACAACCUAAGGAGCAAGGACUUAAGGAUCAACCUAAAGAUGAUUCUUCCUACGAGGAUUACUCAGAAGAAUCUGGAGAGGACGAUGACAAACCAAAGGGUCACGGAUGUCGGUACCCUGACGCGGAACCGAGACCUCCGGGCUCGCCGGCUGCUGAAUCGUCGAAGGAAGUCGAUCUGCCAAAGGCAGGCGGGAAACUUGGACUCAACCAGGGCAAGAAAGAAAUCAUGAACGCUCUAGAAACAGAUAUGCAGAUGAAGAUCCUAUUACUGCCCAACGGUCCAGAAGGCAAGAACUGCUACUGUACCUGCGCUACCAAUUCUCCGCCAGCGAUCAUCCCGCUUUCCGAACUACCUGCAGAACUUACCGAUUAGUCGAUUAACGAAAGAUAUAUUUAGUCGAUUUUGACAAGCACUUCUUUAUAACCUAAGUUUUUUUUUAUAUGUACAUUAUAUUUCUCAUUAUAUGUA